AUGGCGACUGAUGCGAGCGCGGCGCCGCUACAGACGCUUUUCAGGUCCUAUUCGGGCGGCAAGAGCGUCAUGAACUCCAGCAACGUCGACGAGCUGGUGCGCGAAUUGGGGUUCGCGCCAUCCAUGAAGGAGCUGGAAACUUUCAAGCACAAGGUCGGGGCGACAUGCAGCGUCGACCAGGUACAGGAGCUCGUUAGCACCCUGGACCACCCGGAGGACACUGCGGAGAACUUCCUCAUGUUCUUCAAGUUCUACGACCCCAACAACACCGGCACCAUCAGCAGGGCGACGCUCGAGAAGCUGCUCGCAAACGUCGGCGAGCCGCUCAGCCAGAGCGAGCUGCAGGCCUUCUUCAGCAAGACCUGCGAUUUCGGGGACCAGGUGCCAUACGAAAAGCUCAUCAGAACGUAA